UUGUGUGUGGUAAAAGAAAACAAACAUGGGGAAAACACGUCUGCAAAUUUUGUUUUUUGGAUUAUUGUUUGAGUUUAUUUCUAGGCAUUCGGCCUUGUCGUAUGUUGUUAGUGAUGUAGGUGGAUUAGGAAGGCGAUAUGACGGUAUUGGUGGUCUCAGCGGUGGUGGUGCAACUUCAAGAUUGUUGGUGAAUUAUUUGGAGCCGUAUCGAUCAGAGAUUCUGGAUUAUCUCUUUAAGCCCAACUUUGGCGCAUCCCUGACGCUGCUGAAGGUGGAGAUUGGUGGUGACUCCCAGUCCACUGACGGAACAGAAUCAUCUCACAUGCACACAUCAGAUGAUGAGAAUUAUCAAAGAGGCUAUGAAUGGUGGCUCAUGAAAGAGGCCAAGAAGCGGAAUCCUAACAUCAAGCUUUAUGGCCUCCCUUGGGCGUUUCCUGGUUGGAUUGGGAACGGCACCCAGAGCCCAUAUGCUAACAUUGAUGUCACUGUGGACUACAUUAUCCGGUGGAUACAGGGAGCCAAGACCCAUCACAAUCUCACCAUAGAUUAUAUCGGUAUAUGGAACGAACGACCCUUUAAUUUACCAUACAUCAAACUCCUACGUAAAACGCUUGAUCAGAGGGGUCUGAAAGGUACACUAAUUGUUGCUGCCGAUAAUCUCGAACUCAUCAGUAUUGCUAUACACAAUGACCGAGAACUUGCCAAAGAUGUUGCUGUUAUAGGUGUGCAUUAUCCUGGCACCACAGUCACCAACUACACUCUGGAAACUGGAAAGACAAUCUGGUCCUCUGAGGACUUCAGCACAUUCAACGAUGACAUCGGAGCAGGUUGCUGGGCAAGAAUCUUAAACCAGAACUAUGUGAAUGGGAUGAUGACAUGUACGAUAUCGUGGAACCUUGUGGCGUCAUAUUACGAUGCCUUGCCAUACAAACGCACCGCCCUAAUGACUGCAAACGAACCAUGGAGUGGAUACUAUGAUGUCACAGAUACAAUCUGGGUCACAGCUCAUACAACCCAGUUUAGUCAACCUGGAUGGAUGUAUUUAAGACACGGUGCAGGGGUCCAGCAUCUUGACAAAGGAGGCAGUUUUGUCUCCUUGACUGAUGGGACUAAUCUUACCAUCAUUGUUGAGACCAUGACUCACGAUCAUUCUGUCUGUAUCAGACCGUACUUACCACCGUAUGAUGUAGCAGCUCAGAAUGUGACCUUUAACCUCCAAGGGAGUUUUGCUAAGAUAAGCACCCUCAAUGUUUGGUCUUCCAAGCUUCGAUUUGAUGGUCAGCAACCGUCAUCUAUGUUCGUGAAAAAGAAGCCUAUUAAGGUUGUUAAAGGAAGCUUCACCUUCACAAUUGGACCUGAUGAGAUUUACACUUUCACCACAUCUGUCAUGGGGCGUAAAGGAAGCUACCAGGCACCCCCUCCAUCCAAGCCAUUCCCGCUGCCUUAUUCAGACAACUUUGACAAUUAUCCGCUGUACAGCGAAGCCAGUAAUUUUGCUGACCAAGCCGGAGUAUGGGAGAUUCGCGACAGCAAUAAUUCCAGUCACAAAUACGUGAUGGAGCAAGUGGUGACAGACUACCCUGUGUACUGGUGUGAGGCAGCAAGGUCACCCGUCUCUGUCAUUGGCAAGCACUCAUGGCGAGACAUUAAUGUUGCUGUAGAUGUUAUUAUCGGAGCCAAUGGUGGUGCAUUCUUGGCUCACAGAAUCAAAUCAGGAGGAUGCCAAGUCCGUCAUUCUCUUGGUUUAUUCUUCAUGGUUUAUUCAAAUGCAACUUUUUCCGUCUACAAUGGUAUAGAUCGACAAGUUUGCCUAAGCACUGGUAAAGUCAACGUUAAUCCUGGAUCUUGGUUUAAUAUGCAGCUACUUAUUAAGGACAAUGAAGCCUCGGGAUUUGUUGGAGGGAAACUCUUGUUCAGCCUUCAACUUGAGAAAGACGGAAUCCCUAAUAUAGGUUUCGUUGCCAUAGGAACUCCUGAUUAUACGUGGGCACAAUUUGACAACUUUAAACUAGAAUAAAAAAUAAGCUUUGUUACGUAAGUUACUUUUAAAAGCUUUGAAUAUACCUUUAUCAUGCUGUCACCAUCGUGGUCAUGUUCCCUAUUUCCAUAACUAUAUUAAAUGCUAACAUUCUUUGCACAAACAUGGCGCCAGACUAUUACUACGUCCAUUCUCAGUUUGGUAACAAUGAGUUGGAAUGGAGUAAAAUCAAGAUGGCCACACCGUGAUAAAGGUCUAUUAAGUCACGAGGCAAAGCACUUUUGAUGCAAUGACAAUAACAACUCGACUGAAGUUUUUGUUGAAACAAAACAAGGUGUUGGGGUCAAUGCUUGAAUCGGUGAAAAGAAUGUUGUUAAUUAGCUCAUCAAAAUUAAAAGAAAUCAAAGUAAAACAUUUUAUACUUUUAUACCUUAAGAUUUAAUUUCUACCUCCAUUGAUUUUCUCCCUCCAGUAAUUAUAAAAAAUAUUACAACUGCAAUAUGAGUGUUGCUCAAGAUAUGAAUUUUCAAAAUAAUAUACAUUUUUGUCAAACCCACAGAUGUCAAACCUCCGGACCAGACCCUUGUCUGAUUGAUCUUAAAGUUUCUUAGGUUUGUUAUGAGUGUAUGUUAGGUCACAAUAGUACACCCAUUGACACACUUGGGGCUUGGGUUCAAAUCCCACCCGAGUAAUAAACCUGUGAUUUUUGUUCACAGAGCUCGGAUAGGUACUCGUAUACAGUG